AUGCCUCCGUCGAAUACGACGUUGACCGCGCGCAGUCCAAUCAGCGGCGGUGCUGCUGCCACGUGGCCAUCCUUCACGUCCCCCUCCCCAAGGCCUCCCCCGACCCCUUCUCCGCGCCCUCGCGUACCCCUUUCCCCGCGCCCAAGCGCUGGCGGAGCGGCUUCCGCCGCGGUCUCCCCCAGCAGGGGGCGCUGGCGGAAGGGGCUGCUCGUCGCGAACGGGCUCGCCGCGCUUUACGGCUCCGCUUGCGCCGUAAAUCGCGUGGCGGAAGCCGCCCCUUCUCAUCUCACUGACGUCGCCCCGCAUCUCGCGACCAUCAUGGAUCACGUGCCCUCCGAACUCGCCUCGCCGAUCCGAUUCGCCGCAGCGGCCCUCCCGUUCGCCCCAGCUGCCGUCAGUACCUUCGCAGUCGCAGCAGGUCGCGUGGGCGACGGUGUGCGACGUGCGAAAUCCGCGUCUGCCCAAGGCGCAUCACAGCCUCUGCUGGAAUCAACCGGGACAGGCGAGCCUGCUAACGAAAACGCAUCGCCGCCGCUGGAAGAAAAGAAUUCGUCGUUCAAACAUGAUUCCUCGGCGGUGGUAAUGGCGGGGCUGGAGCUAGCGGCAUACAGCUUCUUGGGGGACCUGCUCUCGCAGUUCACCAACGCCGAUACUGCCUCCACUCCGCUGCUGCUGCUGCUCUCGCUCCUCAUCCUCCCGGUGCUCCAACUCACCGACCGUCUCCACCAUGUACCGGCCAACGACUUGCCCGCGCCCAGCGACGGCAGCAGCACCCGCACCUCCCGUGCACCGCUCGUAUCCGCCCUCAUCGUAAUGCUGGCGAUCGUUGCAGCCAGCGGAGCCACCACAGGCAGCGCCGCCGCCGCAGGUCCUUCCGCCCUUUUCACCACCCUGGGUCAAUCCCUGCCCCUGUCAACCCCAUGGCCCGUGCUCGCAUGCCUGCUCUCCCUCGUGGCACUACUCCGCUGCGAGGCGCACUGCACACGCUUCAACCCUCUCUCCCUCACCGCUGUCCAGAACUCCUCCCUCGCCUCCCUCUCCCUCCUCUCCUCCCUCCUAAUCCACCUCCUCUCCUCCUCCUCAGCCUUCCCACACGGCAUCCUACCAGAAAUCCUCACCAGUGCCACACACAUGGCAGGAACCAGUGGAGUAGCGCUGCUGCCACUCAUAUACAGCGGGUUCAUGUGCUCGGGACUUGGCACAUGGAUGGAGAUGCACUGUCUGCAGGACCUACCAGCACCGGCUCUCAUGUUGAUAUUCACCUCUAUUCCCGUCUGGGGGGGGUUGCUGGCAGCACUGGCGCAGGGGGAGGUGCCAGAGGCAGGGCUGGGCGUGGCUGGGCUUGUGAUUGCUGCGGUGAAUGCCGGCGCGUGGGCACUCAUGUCACGCCAUUGCAGUUCCGUUGCUUCCGAGAUCAGCAGUAGCAGCGGCAGCGGCAGCAGCGGCACAGGCAGCAAUGUUGGUCAUGGGAGCUGUGCUGUGCAAGAGAGAAGCCCAGCUGCAGAGAGCGCGGCAGAGAAAAGCUCAGAGGAAACGGCCAAGAGUGCUGGCCCAGUCCCAGUGGAGCAGUUGAGCAACUCCCUGGUGGCAUCUCAGCUCAAGGUACCCUUUUACUCCACCAAGGCCAAGAGCCUGCUGCUCAAGCUGAAGAUUAAAGCCAAGGUGGCUGGAGCUAAGGUGCUGGGUGGGAAGCUGGGCGUGAAAGCAGCUGCUGCUGGUGCGUACAGUGCAUCCCAUGUGCUGACAUCGGCCGUGGGGAGUGGGAGCUUUGGUGCGGGUACUGCUGAUGCUGCUGCAGCUGCUGCUGCAGGCACGGUGGAUGCUCUGUCGUCGCUUAGCAGUGUGAUAGGGAUGGGGAGGGGACGUGACGGGAAGGAAUAA